UUCGCAUUCGCAAAAAAGGUACCCUGUAAUACGAAAUUCGCGCAGAAAUUUUCGAAUUACGCAUUUCAUUUAUCCCUUUCGCAUCACAUUUUUCCCCUUCGCAUUCGUAGCACUCUGUUUUUCGAAUGUAGCUGUCAAAUGGCCGUGACUCUCGCAUUUUUCUUGCUACAAUUCAAAGGCAAACGAAACAAAUAAAAAUGUAAGUUAAAAGAAUUAUUCAAACUGAAAUUGCAUAUAUUUACAUUAUUUAAAAAAAAUAUGUACAUAGGGAAAAUACUAAAGGUAAGCAGACGAAUCAAAAGCAAUUUGAAAUAUUAGUGGAUUUCAUGGAAAUCCACCCGGAUUUGUCUAAGGGGCUAUUGAAGACGCCGGAUGCUAAAACCGUUUCCACAAACCUUUGGAAGAAAUUGGCUUGCGACCUAAAUGCAGCUGGCCCACCGAUGCGUGAAGUUGCUGGCUGGAAGAAAGUUUGGGCUGAUUACAAGACGCAUUUGAAAGCGAAAAUGCGUCGUAACAAACACAGCAUUUCCGGAACUAGUGGUGGUCGUUCCAAUUACUGCUCACUUACGCAACUGGAACAGAAAGUCAGUCAACUAUUAUCGAUGGAGGAAUCAAUGAGUGGGAUGGUAGGCACACUAGAGUUUGGUGCAGCACAAACAUCAUCGAAUACACCCAUCGAAACUUCAGUGGAAGGUAAUACAGGCGAAAAGAAGCAAGUCGAAAACCAAAUGGCUUACCACAAGCAUUCGGGUAAAGUUUUAAAUGAGAUAAAUAUAGUAAGCUAA